AUGUCUAAUAUUCCGUUAAAUGAACUUCUUCAUAAGACAAUUAAGGACUUACAUACACUUCAUUUAUAUCCAACAACUCAAACUGGUUCCAACUACGAAAUACUUCUUGAAGAAACCAUACAGAGUAUACUUCAAUUAUUGAAUUACCAUGAUAAACUUUAUUACGAACUAAAUUUAAAUGUGUCACCAAGCUGUUCCGACAUUGGGUCGUUAUCAUUACUAUAUUACCUUAAUAAGUCUUCGUUAGGUUCGUCUUACGACUCAGAACGAAUCACAAACUUGAAUAUCUUCUCCGCUAUCCAAUCGUACCUGAAUCAAGGUAUAAGCAACAAAUCCUCAAGGUCAUAUGUUCUCAAGCAAUUGGUCAAACUCCUUUCCUUUAGCGAUUCCACAUCAGAUGACAAGAAACCAAAGAGAAUAAAAGAAUCUUUCUCCACCAUAUUGGUACGAUUUUCUGAGCUCUUGGAUUUUUUUUUCAGGCUUCAUUCUGAAUCGGAGCAAAAAUUAGUAUAUUAUAUCAAUCGGUGCUUCAACUAUGAGUUAAACCUUUACUCUAAUUUGCAGGAUAAAUUGGAUUCUGGUUUGAAUUUAGAUGACCAUGAUACGGAAAAAAUGGUUUCCUUGCUAGACGAAUUUAUUGGAAAUAGGAGUUUCGAAGAGAAAGAAGUAAACGAGGAUAAUAGACUGACAGAUACGUCUAUCUUUAGUUAUGAAUCUAAUGAAUUUCCAUCUCACAUAGGUAUUAGUGCUUCACCGUUAAAUUUUCAAUGUAAUGACCAGAACUUUUCGAACUUGUACCAGUUAUUUCUUCAAGUAUCAUCAUUCAAAAAAUUUCAAAGAGAAUCGCAAUCUUCGUUUAAUGAUUAUUCCAAAUAUAUACGAAUAAUGAUCAGCUUGUAUAAAAAAUCUAGUAACAUAGAUACAAUGGAGAUAAACGAUUUCAAAUAUAAAGAAUUGAAAUUCAAUUACUUCUACAAUUUCUUUUUAAGUGGUCAGUCCAGCCAAGAUUCUAUACUACCAGCUCGAUUUGAAGAAAUCAACAAGCGAGUAAUAACAAAAAUGGUGAUGUUUCCGGAACUGUAUUAUGAGAAUAGAUUUGCAUUUAAUACUGAGAUAGAUAGGACAACAAGCGAUCAAUUGAUGCAGCCAGAAAAUCAUAAAAUUUAUUCAAGUUAUGAUGAACUGGAAGGCAUUGAUUCCCAAAUUUCUGAUAAUGUUGUAGGUAAAUGGCAUAAUGGCGAGAAAAAAGAAGGUCUGUGGAAUAAUGACGAUGAAGCAGAACAAAUGCAUACACAAUUUAAAUCUUUCCAUGGCUCAUAUACGAAUGAAGAUCAAUUGACUUUAGUAAACAAUUUACGACAUAUCAUUCCCUUAUUAAAUGAAUUCAAUUUUGAUUUCAAUAUUAAUUUUCCAUUAAUUUUGAAAUAUUAUAUGCAUUUACUUUACCAUGAGCUUCCAGAAAUGCGUAAUCAAGACGAUAUGGAUUUUGUUGAAAGCAUCGUCGCUUUAGUCGAUACUAUCACUGAUUACGAGAACGAGGAUGUUACCCUGGAAGAAUAUGACAUAAGAGAUACUGUCCUUCGAUUCUAUCAAUUACAUACUUAUUUGAAUAAGGAAUCAUUAUCACAUGAAGAACUUUCUCGUACAACUGUAAUGAAAUUGGCAAUAUGUGAAUACUAUUCGAAUUCCAAAUUAAAAUAUAGCAUCUUUCACAAAUGGAACUAUAGGACACUUGCAAUAAGUCAGCUUGAAUAUAAUUUAAAUUAUGAAUGGUUACCGAAAUCUGAUAAUAUUCUAAUGAAAAAAGUUUUAAAAAGAUGGUUUAGUAAAAAGCUAAAGCUUGAUAAAUUGGAAUCAGCUACAACAAACUUUUAUGACCAAGAUAUUUUGUGUAAAACUUUCAAAGAUUUUUGGCUAAUACGCUCAAAAAACUAUAGAGAAUUGAACGACAAAGCUAUCCUUCGUUAUGAAACAAAGUGGUUAAACUUGUGGUAUCAAAAGUUGAAUUACACGCAAGGAUUACAAAGCCAGGCAUUGGACCACAAUAAAAAACAUCUUUUGAAAGCCCAUUUCAAAUAUUUCUUGAUUAAUUUUCAGAAAAAUAAAGAUCUGUCGUUGAUAGCAUUUAAUAAAUACGAGAAGCUGCUUUAUAAAGACAAUGUUAACCUAAAAAAAUUCAUUAUCAAGAACUGGUAUGCUAAAAUGAAUUUAAAAAUUGAACCUAACUUCUCUUGCAAAAAUGAGGAACUUGAACUACCAACCAUUACUCAGUUGGAUGUGGCAAAUAAUUUGAUCCCUCCUUCGACCUUGAGUGAAAAAUUACAUAGGUUGGGUAAUGUUGAGAGAUAUAUUAUAUUUUCAAAGUACUUUAGAAUUUUGAAGCAUGCUAAGAACAUGCAAUGCAUCUAUAAUGAGACUAGAUUGAAAAAUAAUAAGAUUUUUCUUGAGUUCUUUUUCUCUGAGCAAUGGUUAAAGAAAACUAAGUUGCAAAUAAAAGCCAAGUAUAGUAUUCAAGAAAAGCACCGUACGAUAAAAUCAAAUACUUUUCUCCAUUGGAAAGAAUAUAGAGACCUUAAUUGUAUUGCAAAUAGCUUUCAUAGAAGCAAUUUGUUGAAGACGAGCUUCAAAAGAUGGAAAUUAGAAUCUGCAAUGACCUCUUUCACUUUUAAUAGCUGUGACCGCUGUUGUUUAAAGGAGACUCUGACUUCAAACAAGUUAAGGACAUAUUUUACUAAAUGGUUAUUAGCUUAUCAACUAAAAUGCUUUCAAUUUAAAUCAGAAUUGAAGCUUAAAUCAGCAGCUUUAAAACAGAUUGGUGAUAAAUCAAAGGUAAACAAUGAUAAUGCAUUACGGGCUAUUCAAUGUAACAUAUCUAAUACGAAUUUCAAAUUUUUAGUCAGAUGGAUUUUUAAUUAUAGAAAGAAUGAACUGAUGAACGAAGUAUCAGAUUUAAAUUUGCAAAGAAAAUACUUGAACAAGAUAAUUGGGAAACUUCACCUAUAUACGAAAGAUUUUGUUUCUAUCAUGGAAGAUUUCAGUCAUGAUGAUAUGUCAGGUAAAGAUAGGUUGAAAUUUAACGAUCGUUUAAUUAGUUUGGUUGCAAUGCGUACUUGGCAACUGCGCUAUGAUUCAAGGUUUCAAAAUUCUGCAAACUCUAAAAUUAAGUCCUUUAACGAUAGCAUGGUAAUUCCAAAUCGUAUUUCUAAAUACUUGAUUUUGUGGGUCAAUAAAUAUAAUGAGAGAGAAACGGUUGUUUCAUAUUUAGAUGCUGAGUGUGAAAAAUUUGUCCGAACAUCAUCCUUGAGGAAGGUAUUCCUUAACAGUUGGGUAUCCGCUACACAUCGAAAGUUGGAAUUGAAUCUUCGUGCAGCAGAAUUUGAAACAAGACUUCUAACGAAAAAGUUUUUAGUUAUAUGGUACGACCAAUUCCUUCAUGUCAAUCGAUAUUUGAAUGAAUUAAGUGAUGAUUUUAUAAGUCAAAAAGAAUUCCGCAAAUUUCGAGAGACUUUAAGUAAUUGGUCAAUGAAGUAUAUUAAGAAUAUCGAAAGACACCAUCAAAGUUGUGAAUUGUUCACCAAAAGAUGGCAUAAUGUAAAGUCAAGGUCGAUCUUAGAAUUGUGGAUAUAUAAAUUAAGAGAACGACAAGACGAGAAGGAAAUAAGCGGGAAAUUUCUAGUAGAUAAGGAAACCAGUAUGAUCAAUAAUCAGUCGCCAUUGGCAAAAAAGUCAUUAACCCGAAGUAUGAUUAGAACUAAUAACAAUGAUGAUCCUAAUACCAGCUAUUUGUAUACCCCACUAAAACCUCAACCUGAUAGAGUACCUUUGACGCCUCAUUUUACCAAUGGCACAGCUGGAGGUAGUCCAACAAAAUUACAAGAAACAACGUUGAGACUAAAGCAAGAACGUAUAGAUGCGUUACGAAAGCAUUUUGGUAAAGUCAGAGCUACGUCUACUCCAAGAAGAGAAAAUUGGCGAAGCGGUGAUAACAAUCCGUCAUUGGAGUCCAAAUUGUUGAUUGAUCGUAACAGUUCAAGAUUUAUUCGACUUUCACCCCCAAAGUAUAAUGACUAUAAGCCUAUUUUACCGCCAAAACCUCCAAAUUUUAGUAUUGCAGAAGUACCAUUGGCUGACCUGUUUUUGUCUAAUCAAGGUGAUGCUAGUAUGUCAAAAAUACCAAGUACUGGUGCUAAUGACGAUGAAAAGUCUAUCAUUGAAACUGCCAAAAGAAUGCGACGUAUAACCCCCAUUUUUGUUCCAAUUGAUGAUGACAUUGAUGAACCAAGAUUUUCGCCAGUGAAGAAGUUGAAAGAAAAAUUAAAGAAUAAUCUUAUUGAAAUUUCACCGACUAAGGAUACAGAUAGGUUUUGA